CUUAUGAAGACCCUGCCGGCCCCCUUUUGGCUGAGGGGCGCCUCGUACCUGUAACUGCGGUGGACUCUGCAAAGGCUGCGAUGUUGCUGCAUUCAAUGGUGGAUGCAGGCAAGACUUCAUGUACGGCAAAGUACCUGCACAUGUACCUUUGUGUAGCUCGGAUUAGGGCUGCGGUACUCCCAGCCAGCGAUAUCCGUCCAUCCAGAUCUGUCAUGGCCCUAGCCUGUUCAUGUCGACUCAAUUCUUCAACGCCGUGGCAGAAGUAAAAGUGCCAUUGACUCACAACGACGUAUAAAGAUCAGUCGCUAUUGUAUGGACUCUUUUCGCCCUCAAGCCAGAUAGCCGUCUCUUUGCUCGGUGUCAUCCUUCGCUUGGCCAGAGUCUGGCACACGCAGGCCAUGGAGGGUCUCUCUAUGCUGCCCUGCCGGCAGCCAUGCUGUCUCGAUAUGUUGCUGAUGAUACCUAGGUACCUGGCCAAUCUCUUUAUUCAGCUUAUACAAUGGCAGUUUCGACUUACCAAUAACAUGCCGCUCAUUUUUGUCAUGACAAAUACCUACUCCUAUACACAUUUUCAUCCACAAAUUCCACCUCUCUUCCUUACAUAUCGAUAUACAGCUUAUACAAUGCAUACUACCGCCGUACAACAGGGCCAAUCUGACGACUGUCCGGCCCCUUCCAGUGACCUGCAUUAGCGAAACUACUACUAUUAGUAGUACUGUAGCAGAGUACCAGCGGGUACAUUCGCGUCUUGCCGUGCCUGCGUUGCUUGGGAGGAUCCUGGCAGCUCUAGCAGGCCACUAAAGGCGUCUACAAAGCUAGCAGAACUAACCUGAUCCUGGCAUUCUUGGCCUGGAUCUUCCCACUGGAGGGGCGGGGAAACUUUGGAGGUGCGGCUGGAAAUUGUGCCCCAAAAACCUAAAGCAAACAGAAGAUGAAGCAGUUGAGAGAAUCAAAUACGAUCCAUCGACAAUUGACGGGCCACCGCCAGGACUUGGUCGCUGCGGCUACCCUUGGCUGAGGGAGACAAAGCACCAUCUUUGAGUCUAAUAAGCCUUCGCCACCUUAGCUCAGCAGCCACCGUCAAUCAAGCCAAGCUUAAGCUCCAUGCCUAAGAUAUAGAGUCUCGUCAAUGUUCCGUUUCCCAG